ACGUGCUUUGCGAGGUAACGACAGUGACGACACAAACAAAGGCGAGUAUAUUAUUAAGUUGAUGACAUUUAUUAUAAUGUGCAUUAACUCUCAUUGAUUAGGAAAAAGUAUUUUAUUGUUCCAGUAAAGGGUAUAUAUGUAAAACCACAAUUAUUCUUUAUUUACUCAUAUUACUUUUUCCCUUGUUGGUUGGACGACUUAAUCGGAGCGUUGAUGAGAUUCGAUCAUGGGCGCGUCUUCGCGACGCAGGAAGCGGAUUCCUUUUGACAAGACGAGACUUUUACGAGUGGGGAUGAGGUCAGAAUCGAAUCUUGGCAAUGGCCAAGGAUUUGGCGUCGAGAAUUAAGCUGCCGGUGGUGCUGUCGAAGUCGGGGGUCUUUAUGGGGUAGAUUAUGCCCGGUGAGAUGCACUUAGACCUAGUCCUGUAACUUGCUAUUCGUCCGUCUGUUUCGAUUCUUCGCUUUGUCUGUGUGCUGCCUAGCUCGUGCAUUCAUGUUCCGACUGUUUGCAGGUUCUUCAUCUGAUGCUGGUAAAGGGAGAAGUUCUCAAGGUCACACAAAAGUGAAAUAUGGAUUUAGCCUUGUGAAAGGAAAAGUAAACCAUCCAAUGGAGGAUUAUCAUGUUGCCAAGUUCGUGCAGAUGAGAGGACAGGAGCUUGGUCUCUUUGCUAUAUUUGAUGGUCAUAUGGGACAUAGCGUACCUGCCUACUUACAGAAGCAUCUAUUUACCAAUAUUUUGAAAGAGGAAGAAUUUUGGACUAAUCCCAAAGUAGCAAUUCAAAAAGCUUAUGAAAAGACGGACGAGGCAAUUCUUUCACACAGGCCUGAUCUCGGGCGAGGUGGAUCUACUGCUGUUACUGCAAUUCUCAUAAAUGGUAGGAAAUUGUGGAUAGCUAAUAUUGGUGACUCACGAGCAGUUCUUGCAAAAGGUCAACAGGUGCUACAGUUGACAGUUGAUCAUGAUCCCAGCACUGAACGUCGGAGUAUUGUGAAUACAGGUGGCUUUGUCUCAAUCAUGCCAGGUGAUGUCCCAAGAGUCAAUGGCCAGUUAGCUGUUUCCCGAGCUUUUGGUGACAAGGAUCUCAAACGGCACUUGCGAUCAGAUCCUGAUGUAUGUUGUGUAGAUGUUACCGCAGAUAUUGAUCUGCUCAUCCUUGCUAGCGAUGGAAUAUGGGAGGUCAUGAGUAAUAAAGAGGCAAUUGAGAUUGCUAGAAAGGCUACAGAUCCACAAGCAGCGGCAAGGCAACUAACUACUGAGGCAUUGGAAAGAGACAGCACAGAUGACAUAUCAUGUGUUGUCAUCCAAUUACAGGCGUAACUAACACUUCUAUCGGUCGAUGAUCAUCACAUUAAGGGAAAUCAUCGAUGCUGCUUCAUAAGGUUCUCACAAGUUGGAAAUACCUAAAACUUUGGCUUUCUCCAAUAGAAGAAAUUGAAAAAACACAAGUGACACUUGUUCCAUUUGGUAUCACUUGUAAAUGCAUUCACGCUUGUUGAUGAGUUUGACAUUAAUUGACUCCUCGAAUGCAUUUGGUGAACAGGCAGACUGGCAGACCCUCCUUGAAGGCUUGAAUCACUUCAGUUAACAAUUUGGUGGGAUCUCUUGCCUUCUUUUUCUUCCCCCUCCUUUUUUGUCUGCCUAGCUACAAGAAGAGCUUGGAGUGUGUUACCCUGUUGGUAGUGUUGCUGAUAAUAAUAAUCUUUUCCUUGUCGUAAA